AUGACAGUCGCUGGAAACAUCAUGGUCGUUGUUGCCGUUUUUAGCUAUAGACCUUUGAAGAAGGUUCAGAAUUACUUUUUGGUCUCUCUGGCCGCUUCGGAUCUGGCGGUGGCUAUAUUUGUGAUGCCUCUACAUGUCGUCAAAUUUUUAGCUGAUGGUCGAUGGCUAAUGGGCAUAACGAUUUGCCAGCUGUUUACAACAGCGGAUAUUCUGCUUUGUACCUCAUCUAUAUUGAAUCUUUGCGCAAUUGCGAUUGACCGGUACUGUGCCAUUCAUGACCCUAUAAAUUAUGCCCAAAGACGUACACCGCGCUUCGUCUGUUGUGUCAUAAUCACGGUAUGGGUGCUAUCCGUCAUAAUAUCCGUGCCGCCAUUGAUCGGUUGGAAUGACUGGUCUUCCCAAAAACUCCGCGAUCAUUGCGAACUGUCUUCAGAAAGGGCCUUCGUCGUAUUUUCUGCAUCUGGAUCAUUUUUUCUACCUCUUCUAGUUAUGAUUAUCGUCUAUGUUAAAAUCUUUCUGAGCGCCCGACAGCGGAUUCGCAAAAACAGAGGUCGAAGCGCUCUAAUGCGCAUCCAGAACACAUCUGUCGUUGGCGAUGAGCGCAAACGACGUCCAAAACGAUAUUCUGGUGAACGUGGUAAAACCAACAGGUUUGGAGAAGAUGCGCGCUUGGUACAAGAUGCGGAUAAAGCCAAUACCCUUGUCCUUAUAGUGAAUGAUGGCACUGCACGAAAAUCAAAUGAGACUUCCAAGUGUUUAAGGUAUCAAGAUAAUGGCACCAAAGCAAUUGGGAAGGAGGAAGAGAAUCCAACGAUGAUGCUGAGAAAACGGGAGAAAAUCAGCGUUGCGAAAGAGAAGCGAGCAGCGAAGACUAUUGCUGUGAUAAUCUUCAUUUUCUCAUUCUGCUGGCUACCAUUCUUUUGUGCCUACGUCAUACUGCCUUUCUGUGAAACAUGCUCACUUCAUCCGAAGGUCAACCAAGCUUUUACAUGGCUAGGAUACAUAAAUUCGUCACUAAAUCCAUUCCUCUAUGGUAUUCUCAACAUGGAGUUUAGAAGAGCUUUUAAGAAAAUUCUAUGCCCCAAAGCUGUUAUGGAGCAGCGAAGACGGCGAUUGAGUGCACAGCCUUAG